UAAAGCAACAAAAGAGGAAAAAAAAGAGAACUAAUACAAGAGAUAGAUAGAGAGAACUGAACUUUUUUUGGAGUUGUAUUCUUCUGUUGUAAAAAAAGUUAUUACUUAUUAAUGGAAGUAGAAGAUGAUUUGUUUUUUGCAGAUUUGAGCAAGCAAAUCUCUCUUUUAAUAAUGGAUGAUGAUGAAGAUGAAAACGCUUCAGCUUAUCGCCCUUCUACUGACUCUCUUCAGGUAUUUUCACAAGUAAUCCAUCCAGCUAUAAGAACACCAUAUGUAAAUGAACAGAAUAGUAGAAGAGAAAGCAAAGGAACUGGAGUUUUUAUCCCUCGUUCUUCACAUCCAAGAAGAAAAAACAGACAAGGCAGACAUUUUUCGUCCAACACCAAGAUCCAAGGACACACUGAAACAGAACUGAAUCAAGUCACUUAUAACAAUAACCUACCUUAUUAUAAUUCACUAAAUCCUAGAAAAUUUUCUUAAAUCAUGUUUAAGAUUCAAGAAUUUACACAACUAAAUAAGAUAACUAAUUAUUGUGUACAGAGGGAUAUCCUUCUUUUAAUUUGUAGUAGUAUGUUUUAGAGAGGUUCAGCCCAAGGCAAAAGUGCCUCUCUUUGUUCGUGGGAGUUGAUUAUUGUUUCUAUGUUUGAUAUUGUGUAAGCUUGAUCAUGGUAUUAAAUACAAUUGUUUCUUUUAUUUUGCUCAUUUA